CUCCGCCGUCUGGUAACACUGUGCAACGAUUUUGUUGUUGCUGGCUUGUGGGUGUCGAAGCAGUGUCGCGGCGCAAUGUUGGAAGUGGUUUUUGGGUAAACAAAAUCCGUUGAUAAGAUAUUUGCACGGAGUUAAUCGCGGAUCGCGCGUCGUAUUAACCGUUGGCAAGCCAGAAAAAAGUUCAGCAUAGUAUUGCGGCUUAAAGCCAGGCUCAAAAUUCCUGCGAGCGCGCUUGUGUGUGUGCGUUUUUGCCGUCGGUGUGUAUGUGUUUUGAGCCCAUAAGCGUAGCCCGAAAAAAAAGAAGUUUUUCUGUUACCAUAUUUUUUACCAAAGGCCAAAAGGGCGCAGCAUCUUCGCUCUCUAUCUCGGCGCUGCAUCUCGCUCUCUCGUUCGCUAACGCGAGUUUUGCAACUCCGUUUACCGUUCAUCGUUUAUUGUGUGUAAACAGCAGGUGAAAAUAAAACGCGAUAAUUGCGAAGAAACAGGAGAAGGAGGAGAAAGAGCAGCAAGAAGAAGCAGCAACUCCGCGCAGCCCAACAAAAAGUGACGUAUUAAAAAGGUUGCUAAUUACAAAAGGCGAGGAAUGGAGCUGGAGCCGCGCGUGGCCAUACUGCAGGACCUGCGCCUGCAGACCUUCGACUCCAUUCGAUUUGCCUCCUACCGCACCGCCUCCAAGCUGCGCUACAUACAGAAGUCCACAAAUCUGCACUUGGUGGACAUAUGGAAUGUGAUCGAGGCCUUUCGCGAGAAUGGCCUGAACACCCUGGAGCCGCAGAGCGAGGUGAGCGUGGCCAGGCUGGAAACCCUGGUCUCCUCCCUCUACCAUAACCUCAACAAGCGCCUGCCCACCGCUCAGCAGGUGCCCGUGGACUCAAAGGCGGGUCUGCUGCUCAACUGGCUGCUGGCCGCGUACACAAGUGAUAACUCGGGCAAGAUACGCGUUUUCUCCAUCAAAGUGGCCCUGGCCACUAUGUGCUCUGGCAAGCUGGUGGACAAACUAAGAUAUAUAUUCUCGCAGAUCUCGGAUGGCGCUGGACAGCUGGUGGCCUGGAAGCUGGGCGAGUUCCUGCGCGAAGUGCUGGCCCUGCCGGCGGCCGUGUACGAGUCGCCCACAUUCCACUACAAGGAGGGGCUCGAGGAGGAGAUCUUCCCGGCCGAGAAUAAGGUGACGGUGAACGACUUUAUGGCCACGCUGAUGUCCGAGCCGGGGCCGUCCUGCCUCGUCUGGCUGCCGCUGGUGCACCGGCUGGCCACCGUGGAGACCAUUGUGCAUCCGACUGUCUGCUCUGUUUGCCACAAGGAAAACUUCACCGGGUUUCGUUAUCGCUGUCAGCGGUGUCACGCCUACCAGUUGUGUCAGGAGUGCUUCUGGCACGGCAAGACAUCGCUGAAUCACCAGAACGAUCACGAGGUCAAGGAGUACUCGAGCUACAAGUCGCCUAGCAAACAGAUCGGUCACUCGCUGCGCAAGAGCUUCCGCUGUGUGCCCGAGAAGACGGUGCAGGUGCUCCCCCGCUUCCCCGACCAGCCGGAGAAGACGCUCAACCUGUCGCACAUCGUGCCGCCCUCGCCGCUGCCCUCGCACAACGGCUUCUCGGACCCCUCGGGCCUCGUACAUGGCCACCACGGCCCGCAUCCGGGUCUACCGGGCCAGCACGGCCUUUUCGAUCGCUCCAGCACGCUCGACUCGCGGGCCACAGGUCGCAGUCUGGACAGCGCCAGCGGCACGGCCGGCACAACCAUGUCUCGCGUGGCCGCCGCAUCUGCCAACGACGAGGAGCACCGCCUGAUUGCCCGCUAUGCCGCCAGAUUGGCUCAGGAAAACCGAGCGCCAUCCAACUUGCCCGACAAUGCCACACCAAUUGGCACAGAUAACUCGCGAGCCCAACGCGAGCUAAUUGCCCAACUGGAGUCCAAGAACAAGGAGAUAAUGCGGGAGAUAGCGCGCCUGAGGCGUCAGCAGGAGACGGAGCAGAUGGCGCCAGAGAAUCCGGCGCUAAUCAAUGAACUGCGUGCUCUACGGCAGCGGAAAGGAGAACUAGAGGGCCACCUGGGUGCCCUGCAGGAUUCGCGACGACAGCUAAUGGAGCAACUGGAGGGACUGAUGCGCAUGCUAAAGAACCAGCAGACAGCAUCGCCCCGCUCCACGCCCAACUCGAGUCCUCGUUCCGGUAAAUCCCCACCAAUGCCCGGCGGAGCUGGUAUCCUGGGCACCUCCCCCAUGAGUGCUCUGCACGCCCAGCAGAUGCAGCAACAUCCGAUGGCCGGAGGAGUCAGAGCCAGCCAGCAGCAACUCCUCCAACAGCAACAGCAGCAGCAGGCUCAUGGCCACGGGCCAUUUAGCCAGAGCCAGCUGGAGCAGCUCAACCAGAUUAGCAGCGAUAUGCGCAGCGCCUUCGCCGCCAACGGAAGUGCAACGCCACCGCCAAUGCGCACCACCACUGCCACUGCCAAUGUCAGUGCCAUUCCCAGCCUCAAUCCGAUUCCGAAUCAGAAUCAGAAUCCGAAUCCGCAUCUGAAUCCCGACGCGGAGCUCAAUGAGGCUGCCGAUCAUCUAACGUCGGCCAUUUCGCACAUGGUCAGCGACCUGAACGCAGAUUUCGACGAAUCUCAAUCGUAUAACCAAGAGUGGAAUGAAAAGGCAAAUGCGAAUAGCCAAUGGCAGGAGCAGUUUGCUCAAUGGAGUCUUAAUUCGCAGAAGAACUAAGAACUGGCUACCAGUGGAAACCGCAGGACUGGGAAUCUCCAGAGGCAGCUGGUUGGAUGAAGACGAAUUCUCGCUUAGCUUUCUACCUUACCUUAACUCAUACGUUGACUUAGAGCAAUUUAUUUAUUGAUUAUUUUACUGAGCCGUAGCCUACACUACCUUAAUCAUUAUAAUUUAUACUUUGAGGAUUGCUAUCUACACAGAAAACACAGAUAUGUAAACAGAUAUAUGCAUCUAUAUGAUUAUUUUACUGAAGCAAAAGAUAUGAAUAUAGCUGAUAAAAAAGACUUGCAGUUGCACUGCACUUCGAAGUCGCAAAACCAUUGAAUCUCGUUGAAACUUUUACGAUCGUACUGCUAAAGGGCAAUAAGAGGUAUGGUGUUUUAAUUUUAGGUUUCCGCGAUUUCGUCAUUGGCUUUUAGAUUUUUUAAGCGCCCGCGUCAGCGGAUAUUUAUUACCAAGAAACUUAACAAAUGGAAAAUCAAAUCACGUAAUGCGUAAUACAAAUACGAUAUAGACAUUGACAUAUUAUGUACUUAAUAACUAGCAACUUGUUGAGAACCUAAAAUCAAAUUCUAAAUGCUCUACAUUAUAUAUACAAUAUACACUUUGAGAUACGAUAAAGCCAACAACUAUUUGAGUCACAUGAAAGAUAAGCCCAAUGUUGAACACUAAAACGAAAAACUAAACACAAUUUAUAUAUUAUCCAUUUAUAUUAUGCAUUCAUACAAAAAAGUUAUACCAUAUAAUCGUAACGGCAUAGAGCACGAUAUAGAGAAAAUCCGACAUUUAUAGAACUUAUACAUAACUACUGAAUAAAAUUACAAGAAAGAGAAAACUAAAUAAAAAGGCAUUUUAAACAAUCACAA